AUGGAUAUAUCUUUUCUACUAACCAUUAGGGUUUCACCCGUACUUGUUAUUACUGCUAAACCUUUGAACACCUUUUAAUUUCUUUUUCAUCAUUUUGUUUUGCUUAUAAUAUGAUAGGCCGCAAGUAUUCGACUAUUUACAAUAUGAAUUUUAAGUUUAAAAAUCUUUUAUAAGGGGAAAGUAAUCUCUGGAUCAGAAUUGAACAUCUCUUACAAAUAUAUAGCUAUUUUCGCACCAAUGAUAGUUGAAACCUUCAUAAAUAGUGUUUUGGAAUUUAGGAGAAGAAGAUUUUUGAAGAAGACUUGACAAAGAAUCGAAGUCAACUGACAACUGAAUGCUUAUUGGUGUAUAGAUGGCUUCUUCUUCUGAGUCAAACUCAAAGCAUCGUGUUUUUCUUAACUUCAGAGGAGAAGAUACUAGAUGCAAUUUUACAAGCCAUCUCUAUGCUGCAUUUUGUGGAAAAAACAUCCAAACAUUCAUGGAUGAUGAGCAAAUUCAGAGAGGAGAUAGUAUCUCACCAACUCUCCUCUCAGCUAUUGAAAACUCCAACAUUUGCGUAACAAUUUUCUCGCAGGAUUAUGCUUCUUCUACAUGGUGUUUGGAUGAACUCGCGAAGAUCAUUGAAUGCAAUGACAAGAAAAAACUUGUUGUCAUACCUGUUUUCUAUCACAUUGAUCCAUCUCAUGUGAGACACCAGAGGGGAACCUAUCAAGAUGCCUUUGCCAAACACGAGGAGCGUUUCAGUGACAAUCUAAUCAAGGUACACAAGUGGAGAACUUCCUUGCAUAAAGCUGCUAACUUAGCAGGAUGGAUUUCCUCCAAAAAUAGGUCUGAGGCAGUUCUAGUUAAAGAAAUUGUUGAAGUUAUAUUAGAUAAACUGAAAUGUAUGGGCCCAAGUGUUCUAAAGAAGGGGCUUGUUGGAAUUUCUCGACACAUUGCACAUGUGGAAUCAUUGUUAUGCUCUGGGCCAGCUGACAUGCAUAUUAUUGGAAUUUGGGGUAUGGGCGGUAUAGGCAAGACAACCAUUGCAGAUGCUGUGUUUGCAAAAGUCUCUUAUCAAUACGAGGGAUGUUACUUUGCUGCCAAUGUCAGGGAAAAAUGGAGAAAUCAAAUAAAGUUGCGGAAUAAAGUUCUGGCACAAGUGUUAGGGGACCAAAGCAUUGAUAUUAACACCCCUACUAUGAGUUCCAGGUUUGUGGUUGAAAGACUUAAAUGUAAAAAGGUCCUUGUCGUUCUUGAUGACGUGAGUUUAUCCAAACAAAUAGAAUAUCUUGUUGGAGGGCGAGAUUGGUUUGGACCAGGCAGUCGAAUCAUAGUGACAACCCGAAACAAAGAAGUAUUUAAUGGUGGAGUUGAUGGAGUAUACCAAGUGAUGGCAUUGAAUUCUCGUGAAGCACUGGAGGUUUUUAGCUUCAAUGCCUUUCAACAAGACUGUCCACCAAUGGAAUACCAAUACUUGACAGAAAGGGCAGUAGACUAUGCUAAGGGCAUUCCUCUAGCUCUUAAAAUUCUGGGAUCACAUCUUCGUUUCAAACGACCAAAAGAACGGGAGAGUGCAUUAGAAAAACUGAAGAAAAUUCCCAAAGCUGAAAUUUAUGAUGUGUUGAGAUUGAGUUAUGAAGGAUUAGACCCUGAAGAGCAGAAUAUAUUUUUAGACAUAGCCUGCUGUUUGAAAGGAGAAACAAAAAGCCAAAUAGCAAGUAUAUUAGAUGCUUGUGGCUUCUCUACGGAAAUUGGGAUGAGAACCCUUGAAGACAAGUCUCUUGUAACUGUUUCUAAAAACAACACAGUACAUAUGCAUGAUUUGUUACAAGAAAUGGGACGAUAUGUAGAAUAUAUGAAAAAGCCUGGAGAACGAAGUCGGUUGUGGGAUCCUAAAGAAGUUUACAAUGUCCUAAAGUAUUGCAAGGGUAUUGAAAGUAUUGAAUGCAUUGUCUUGGACAUGUCACAAAUCAAAGAGUUGACAUUAAGCCCUCAAACAUUUCAAAGAAUGUACAGGCUAAGGCUUUUGAAAUUUUAUAUACCCUCAGGCGAUACGAGAAGAAUCAAUGUGCAUAUUUCCAGAGGUCUUGAUUGCAUGCCUGAUGAAAUAAGUUAUUCAGAUGGGACUGUUUUCCAUUUAAAUCCUUGCCAGCAUGGUUUUGUGCUGAGAAGCUUGUUGAACUUGAUAUAAAACAUGGCCGAAUUGCAAAGCUCUGGGAUGGAGUGCAGGAUCUUGUGAAUUUGAAGUCGUUAUGCCUAAGCGGUUGCAAGAACUUGGUUGAGCUCUCAGAUUUGUCUUUUGCCUCAAAACUAGAAAAAGUACAUCUUGAUGAUUGUACAAGCUUGUUGAAUGUGAAAAGAAAUGUCAUAAACUGGUGGUUCAUGCAAAAGACUGGUACUUCCAUGGCCACUAUUAAAUUCAAUGUUGCUUCACAAUUACAUA